AUGCCGUGGCUUCUCUCAGCGACUAAGCUGGUUCCCGCUGUAGCGAGCGCCCGCGGCCUCUCAGGAUGCAUAUCGUGGUCUCGGAGAAGGUACUCCCUCCAGCCCAUCCCAGACAGGAGGGUUCCAAAUCGAUACUUGGGCCAGCCCAGCCCCUUCACACACCCGCACCUCCUCAGACCAGGGGAGGUGACUCCAGGACUAACCCAGGUGGAAUAUGCACUUCGCAGACACAAAUUAAUGUCUCUGAUCCACAAGGAAGCACACGGGCAGAGUGGGACAGACCAGACAGUGGUUCUGCUAUCCAACCCUACGUACUACAUGAGCAAUGACAUCCCCUACACUUUCCACCAAGACAACAACUUCCUGUAUCUGUGUGGAUUCCAGGAGCCUGACAGCAUUCUGGUCCUUCAGAGCCUCCCUGGCAAGCAGCUCCCAGCACACAAGGCCAUGCUCUUUGUGCCUCGGAGAGACCGCAGUCGAGAACUUUGGGACGGCCCUCGGUCGGGCACUGAUGGAGCCUUAGCUCUAACCGGUGUGGAUGAAACCUAUACGCUGGACGAAUUUCAACAUCUGGUUUCAAAACUAAAAGCCGAGACAAAUACCCUUUGGUAUGACUGGAUGAGGCCCGCUCACGCACAGCUUCACUCGGACUAUAUGCAGCAUCUGACUGAGAUCAAAACCAAGAGCAAGAACAAGAUUCGGGCCGUCCAGCAGCUGGUACAGCGCCUACGGCUGAUCAAAUCUCCUGCUGAAAUUGAACGAAUGCAGAUUGCUGGAAAGCUGACGUCACAGGCUUUCAUAGAGACCAUGUUUGCCAGCAAAGCACCUGUGGAUGAGAGCUUUCUUUAUGCUAAGUUUGAAUUUGAAUGCCGAGCCCGGGGAGCAGAAAUCUUAGCCUACCCACCCGUGGUUGCUGGCGGUAAUCGGUCCAACACGUUGCACUAUGUGAAGAACAAUCAGCUCAUCAAGGACGGGGAAAUGGUGCUGCUGGAUGGAGGUUGUGAAUCUUCUUGCUAUGUGAGUGACAUCACCCGUACCUGGCCUGUCAAUGGCAGGUUUACGGCACCUCAAGCAGAACUGUACGAAGCCGUCCUAGAGAUCCAGAGGGAUUGUCUGACCCUCUGCUCCCCCGGAACAAGCCUGGAAAACAUCUACAGCAUAAUGCUGACCCUGAUAGGGCAGAAGCUCAAAGAGCUGGGGUUCCUGAAGAACAUGAAGGAAAAUAACCCCUUGAGGGCUGCUCGAAAAUACUGCCCGCACCACGUGGGCCACUACCUGGGGAUGGACGUCCAUGACACUCCGGACAUGCCCCGCUCCCUCCCUCUGCAGCCCGGCAUGGUGAUCACAGUGGAGCCAGGCAUUUAUAUCCCAGAGGAUGACAGACAUGCCCCAGAGAAGUUCCGUGGUCUUGGUGUGCGGAUCGAGGAUGACGUAGUGGUGACGCAGGACUCACCUCUCGUCCUUUCCGCAGAUUGCCCCAAAGAGAUCAGCGACAUCGAGCAGAUCUGCAGCAGGGCCUCUUGA